AUGGCCUCGUCGUACCUGGAGGAGGACCUGAGCUGCCCGGUGUGCUACAGCAUCUACGAGGAGCCGCUGCUCCUGGCGUGCAGCCACAGCGUGUGCCGGACCUGCCUGCAGCAGUGGCGGGCGAAGGACAGCUUCCGCUGCCCCGUGUGCCGCCAGCUGAGCGCCGCGGCGCCCCACCGCAACCUGGCGCUGAAGAACGUGUGCGAGGCGUACCGCGCGGAGAGGAGGGGCCGGAGGCCCGAGGCCGCGCCCCAGGCCCCCGUCCGGCCCCGGGACCUCUGCCCCCUUCACCAGGAGCGCCAGAAGCUCUUCUGCCUGGAGGACGAGGAGCCGGUGUGCGUGGUGUGCCAGGUCUCGGAGAGACACCGGAGCCACACACUGCGGCCCACGCAGGAGGCAGCGCAGACGUGCAGGGAAAAAAUCAAAGGAGACCUGAAGUUCUUGGAGAAGAACCUGAAAGCCCUGGAGAAAGCCAAGCAGACCUGUCAGAAAACCGAACAGGUUUUCAAGAGCAAUGCAGAGGACACAGAGAAGCAGAUAACGGCGGAGUUUGACAAACUUUUCCGGUUUCUGAGGAACGAAGAGGAGGCCAGGAUAAGUGCCCUGAAGAAGGAGGUGAAACAAAAUGGAGUGCUGGCGAAGAGGGUCACUGAGGACCUGACCGAGGACAUAGAAUCCCUAACGAGUGUGAUAGAAGGCCUGGAACAAGACCUCAAAGCCAAAGACAUUGCGUUACUGAAGAGCUACAAGGACACAAAGAGGAGGGCUCAGUUCAAAGCAAAGAAACCAGAGAAGGUUCUGGAUCAGCCCGAUGUGGAUCAGCACCUGCAAAAUCUGAAGGACAGGGUUCUGGGGCGAAUGACAAAAUACUUUCAGAACCAACAAGACAGAACAAGAGAGAAAGCCUCGACAGAUCGGGUUCAAGCCGUUCCAGAUUACAAGAGGCACAGAGACUCUACACCGGACGUUUCCAAUGCCACAUCAGUGCCACGUGCGCUUCCGAGUCCGAGAAUAGUGUUGUCACGCCAAAAAGGCAUCCAUCCCACCUCUCACCCCGGUCGACGACUCCAAUCCGCCACGUCGAUACAAAGUCUGCCUGCAUAUUAUGGACAUCUUGUGUAGGUGCACCUGCACUCCAUCACUGCACUGUUCAAUGAAGGUUACAAUAUAAAGGUUGUGCCAAGUCAAGGACUUUCCCCAUGGAGAGGGCCGGGGCUGCUCAGGUUAAGGACACCGCUGAUGAGCUCGGCACGGGUGCUGAGCGGGCAGAAGAGAUUGCCGUACUUGUGACUAAUUCAGAACAUUUGCAGCCUGUUGAACUGCCGGACUAUGGAAGGCUGCUGAAAAGACUCCGUAAGGUGAUUGACAAGGACCUGGGAGGUUGGUUGGAUCAAGCCACGGUGUAGCCACAGUAAGAUCAGUGCAGCCGUUGGGCCCUUGAGCAGGGCCCUUAAGCCCGCACUGAUGGAUUAUCCCCUGCUCAGUCUAAUCGAUUGUAAACAAGCCGAUGAUUGACAGCUCUCAAUGGGAGUCUAUCGCUGAGGUUCUCCACUAAUGUAUGAAACCUCACUCUCCAAUCACAAACAUGGUACUGGUGCCAAUCUCUGGGUCUACGUUCCAAUUUAAAAUAAAAGGGCGGUUUUAAGCAA